CAGAAAAUGCAGGAAAACGGGAACUUGGAGUAUUCAUACAAAUGUGAUUAACUAUGUUGGAAGCCAACCAUAGCAUAAAAAAAAAUAUUAGCUAUAGUCCGAGACAUUGAAGGUAGAGUACCAACCACUUCACCUUCCAAAAACUCUCUCUCCUCAUCUAUCUCAGGCUCCUCCAACAGUGUAGACUCAUGUAGCUUUCAAUUCCCAUAUCUACAAUCUCAAAAUUCCCUUCACUUUUUCUUCUCCUGAAUCAAGGUGAACAAACUCUCAUAAUGGAGGAGGGUCAAUGUUUGAUGAGGAGUAAGAGAAAGUACUCUUUGAGCUCUAGUCUUCAUGGUUCUUCUACUGAUUACCCUUCCUAUGAUGAUCACUCAUGGGAAGAGCAAGCCUUUGCUAAAGAUGCUGCUUGGUCUGGUUGUGUGUGGCCACCACGAUCAUAUUCUUGUACCUUUUGCACAAGGGAAUUUAGGUCAGCACAAGCUUUAGGAGGUCAUAUGAAUGUUCACAGAAGAGAUAGAGCAAGACUAAAGCAGCCACAUAGCCCUCAGAAUGAAAUCCUCAAUUAUGAUCCUGAGAAAACUCAAGCCCAGAAUUCGGUUCAAAUUUCUUUCACUUCAUUGGGUUACUUAUACCCACCUUCUAUCACUGGAUUGCCUCAUAACACUAACCCUAAUUCUGAUCCUUAUUCUCAUGUUGUUGCUUCCCCUUCCAAAGUUUUAGGCGCACCAGUUAACAAGAGAUGCAGAGAGAAACCCCAGAUUCCACAAUACAAUAGUUCUUCAAUUUUCAAAGGAUGUCAUGAGUCUCCUCCUUCUCUUUCUUCCAAAUCCUGGCCAAAUUUAACUGAUGACUUCAGAUUUUGUUCGAGUAGGCUCGAUCUUGAAGCUAGUGUUGAGACAAAAUUGCAGGGAUUGGAUUCUGGGUGUAGGAGUGAGGGUGAUAAGGGUAAAACUGAGGUGGCUGUGAGCAUGAACUUGUUUAUGAGUCGAGCUCACCCAGUUGUGCAGUUUGAGAAUAAAGAGACAGAUACAAGUUUCAAGAAGAGAAAAUCAGACACUUCAUCCAUUCCAUUCUUCCCCAAAUCAUGUUCAGUUGAUAAGGAUCAUGUGCAGUCAGAGAUGUUUGAUUUUAGCCCUAGCUCUAUAGAAGAGCUAGAUCUGGAGCUAAGGCUUGGUCAUAGGUCCGAGGGAGAAUAUUAUCCCAACAAAACUCAUUGGACCUUGCAACGCAAUUUUUGUUUCUUCUUCUCCAUGCAUGAAUUAGGUACACACAAUGACAAUCUCUUUCAAUUAUAAUGUGUCGACUCCAACUUCCCUACCAAUUAACCAUAGCCACUCAAAUCUGCUGGAUAAUCGAUGCAGCUAGGUUGCGAGGUGAAAUAGUACUCUCUUUUUUCCUGAUGGAUACCUUCAAUGAGAAUUUGAUGGAACUAGAAUCGUAUCACUUAAAAUGCUCCAU